CUGCUGCCGUCACCUCAUGGCGACGCGAGUAGAAGGGGUAGCGCGGGGAAGAGGCGGCGGCGAAGAGUCUACAGAUCCAGGACGGGGCGGCCGGAGGCGCAGCCCGCGGCAGAAGGUGAGCGCCGAGUUUAUAAUUGGCACAAUGGAAGAAGCUGGAAUUUGUGGCAUAGGUGUAAAAUCUGAUGACAUGUUAAGCAGUGCUCAACGAAAUGAUAUUCUGCAACAUCAAGCAUCUAAUUGCCAUGGUUCAAAUAGCAAAAAAUCAUUGGAGGAGGUUGAAAAGAGUAACUUUUUAACCAAGAAUCGUAAUUUAGUCAGCACAUCAUAUUGCACACGAGAAUCAAGAGAGGAAACACCUGGUCGAGAAGCUCGUACAGAUCCACCGGAUGGUCAGCAAGACAUAGAAAGUGACAAAAACAAAGAAAAAACUUUAGGAAAAGAAGUUUUAUUGUUGAUGCAAGCCUUAAAUACUCUUUCAACUCCAGAAGAAAAAUUGGCAGCCCUUUGUAAGAAAUAUGCUGACCUUCUAGAGGAGAGUAGGAAUGUUCAAAAGCAGAUGAAGAUUCUUCAGAAGAAGCAAGCCCAGAUUGUGAAAGAGAAGGUCCAUCUGCAGAGUGAGCACAGUAAGGCUAUUCUAGCUCGAAGUAAAUUGGAGUCUCUCUGCCGGGAACUUCAGCGCCAUAAUAAGACAUUGAAGGAAGAAAAUAUGCAGCAAGCACGAGAAGAGGAAGAAAGACGCAAAGAAGCAACUGCACAUUUCCAAAUUACUUUAAAUGAAAUUCAAGCUCAGCUGGAACAACAUGAUAUACAUAAUGCUAAAUUACGACAAGAAAACAUUGAACUGGGAGAGAAGUUGAAAAAACUUAUUGAACAGUAUGCAUUACGAGAAGAGCAUAUAGACAAAGUUUUCAAGCAUAAGGAACUACAGCAGCAGCUUGUGGAUGCCAAACUUCAGCAGACAACACAGCUCAUAAAAGAAGCUGAGGAAAAACAUCAAAGAGAAAGAGAGUUUUUGUUAAAGGAAGCAACAGAGUCACGGCACAAAUGUGAACAAAUGAAACAGCAGGAAGCACAACUCAAACAGCAGCUUUCUCUUUAUAUGGAUAAGUUUGAAGAAUUCCAGACUACCAUGGCAAAAAGCAAUGAACUUUUUACAACCUUCAGGCAGGAAAUGGAAAAGAUGACCAAGAAAAUUAAAAAACUGGAAAAAGAAACAAUAGUUUGGCGUACUAAAUGGGAAAACAACAAUAAGGCACUUCUGCAAAUGGCUGAAGAGAAAACUGUUCGAGAUAAAGAAUACAAGGCCUUUCAAAUAAAACUGGAGCGAUUAGAGAAGCUGUGCAGGGCUCUCCAGACAGAAAGAAAUGAGCUCAACGAGAAGGUGGAAGUCCUUAAGGAACAAGUUUCUGUAAAAGAAGCAGAUGUAGAUCAAACAGUGCCUGUGUUACAGCCAUGCACUCUUCUUGAUUCCCACAAAAAGCUGAAAACUCCCUCUAAAAAAGAAAUUGGGAUUUCCGUAGAGGCUGAGCACAAUGCAACAGGUGAAGGCGAUGGUUCUCAAGAGACUGUGUCCAUGAGUUCUGUUCCUGACACUGAUUCAGUUGACUAAAAUGAAGUGUAAACACUGUAUUGAGAGAUAUAUUUUGUGUAUAACUUUCUCUGUUGGUGGUAACUAUUGGCUUUGUGGUGAAAAAUUUCUUACUUUUUCUACCAUAUCUGUAUUUUCUUAGAACUACUGGACUUAUGUGGUACAGGAAGCUGCCUAGCAGCUUUGAAUAGUUUUAAUCUAUAAAUUUUCCACAACUGUGUUGCA